AUGCGGUCCCAUGGGCCAUGUGUGCGAACCUUUGGAGGUCCCAUCAUGGGCCAGUUCAAAUAUCUGGGUGGAGUCCGAGCAGGCGACGGCAUGAUCUAUGGCAUUCCUGGUCAUGCCAAACAAGUGCUGAGGAUUGAUCCUCGGACCUACGAUGUGCAACGGAUUGGUCCCAGGUUGGAUGGCAAAUUCAAAUGGCUUCGGGGAAUACUCGCUCCAAAUGGCUGCAUCUAUGGCAUCCCUGCGCAUGCAGACUCCGUUCUAAAGAUUGUGCCCAGCACCGGCGAAGUGCGGCACGUGGGACGGGGCCUGGUUGGUGACGGUCGUUGGAAAUGGCAUGGAGGUGUUUUGGGUCCUGAUGGCGCCAUCUACGGCAUCCCCUGCAAUGCUGAGGGUGUUUUGCGGGUGGUGCCCGACACAGAUGAGGUGCAGAUUCUUGGAUCGCUUCCGGAAGGCUGCAACAAGUGGUAUGGUGGUUUGCUGGGUCACGAUGGUUCCAUCUACGGGAUCCCAUACAACGCAGAAAAAAUUCUGAAGAUAUCGCAGGGCGAGGUGAGCACCUUUGGAGAUUUUCCUGGGAAAUGGAAGUGGCAUGGUGGUACUGUUGGCCCAGAUGGGGCAAUCUACGGCAUCCCUUCGCAUGCACGAAGCGUGCUGAAGAUUGAACCGGGUGGAGGUGCCGGGAUUUCCUUGCUUGGAGAUUUGACGGAUCAGCCCUUCAAAUGGGGUGGCGGAGCUGGAGAUGCAAAGCGCUUUGUGUAUGGCUUUCCCAGCAACCAUGAUUCCGUUUUGAAGAUCGACACCUUCACAGAUGAGGUCUCCAUGAUGGAGGAGUUUGCUCUCCCUGGCAAAUCCAAAUGGCAAGGAGGAAUGUUGGCGAAAGAUGGUGCGAUCUACGCUGUUCCAGAUCGGGCAAAUGCAGUGCUGCAAAUUGCACCUGAUGGGGCGCGCCUGGUAGGUGGUCCGUUGGCAGGUCAUUUCAAAUGGCAAGGAGCUGUCAUGGCAGAGGAUGGCACCAUUGUGGGUUUGCCGAGCCGUGCCAAGACUGUCUUGGAGAUCAGACCUGGUGCCAGGAUAAAGGAUUGCCAGGGCCUGCCAUUCUGCCUUUUGCGCCCUUCGACUGAUUCCGUCUCUUCCGGUGAUGCCUCUUCCAUCCUCUUUCUGCUCUUUCUCAUUGUUGCGCUGGCGCAGCUGUUUUUGUGCUCGACACGGAUCAAUGUGCGAAGAAGGAGGAAGUUGCAAGUGCAAUUUGCCAGCCAAAGUCACAUUCUGCGUUGGAUUGGUGAUCUUCCUUAUCGGUAUGCCAUCGGUGCCAUACAAGCUGCGGGCCUGGCAAACGAGAGCGUGAUCAUUGAUGGAGAAAGUACCUUUUCCUUGCCGCUGCAAAGUAGCACAUAUUUCGCCGGCUACACCUUCUUCAGCUUGCCCGCAAGCGACUGCUACACACAUUCCGGAGAGGUUGAGACCCAAAUUCAGGGCCAGCUUGCUACAUACUACACGUAUUUAUCUACUUGUGGCUGGAGUCGAGGUCGAUUCAACCAUGGUGGGCGCGAUUUAAUCUCCAUUGGCGCCUUCGCCCCCUACGAUGGGGCAGGGGAUGGAACCAGCAUUUCCUUCAGCCUGAGCUACCGAACCUGGGUGGUCGAUGCCAGCGUGGAUACAGCACAAAUCAAUGAUGCCUUUGCAUUGAUCGGCCUCACCAUGGCUGGUUUUCUUGGAAUUGCCAUCGGAGUGAUCACUUGCAGCGUGGCUUGCUGCCUUAUGUGCUGCAUGAAUGACAAGACCACCACAGUGAUUCAGCAGGCGAGUGCCACAGCAACAAGGCGGAACAGCAAUGGUGGUGGGACAGCCGGUAGCGGGUCAGCCUGUGAUGGCGCAGCCUGUGAUGGCACAGCCUUGUCCAGCAUAGGGUUGCCGGCCAUGGACGGCCUUUCGGAGAGAAGCAACGCGCCCGUGGUGGGCUACCAGGGUCCAGGCAUCCCAGGCAUCGGCAUUGGCGGUGCGGGAAGAUCUCCGAAUGGUGCGACUGAACUAGGAGAGGCAACAUAUCACCUUGCAGUGCACCAGGUCUUCAUACGAUUUCAUCUUUGCAUGUCCAGAGAUAUCCUGCAGAGAUCCAACGUGUCAAAGCUGACCUGCGAUAGGCCAGUGCCACAGCCUCUGGGGCCAAAACAAUUGGUCUUCUGGCGCUCAGAGGAGCUAUCUUUGGAGGUCCCUCAUGACUGGGUCUUCAACGGGCCCAUCGGCACUGUGUGUGUCGCUGGCGAUGACCGUGUCCGGGACGUGCUUCUUUGCACCAUCAUCGUGCUAUCACUCGCCAUGUUAGCAGCGCUUGCCUGGUUCACAUGGUUUGCGCUGUUGGCUGUGGCUUCAUGUCACCCGGGGACCUGGGAUGGAAAGGUCAUUAUGAAUGAAAACGGCGCGGAGUUGCCAGAUCUCUCUGGUGAAUGGACAGAUGCGACAAAGGACACCUUUCAGCUGCGAAUCUUUCAACCGGCAACUGAAGCUGCUGCAGCUCCCAACAGCAGCUAUGCACGGCUGGUGAGUGAUAUGGGCAAGAUGACGAUGGUCGAGGUUUGCAAAUUGACUCCAGUCUACUCUUAUGAAACUCGCCAUCGGAUCAAGACCACCAUCCGGUGUGAAGCCACAGGUCUAAGGGAGAGACUUGGACAGGCGAAAGCCAGAGAAGGCGUGGUGGAAACCGAUGGUCACGACCCAAAGGUCACAUGGCCACACGGGACAUCGGGGACAUGGCAAAAAAGCGUCAGCUCACCCGCCUCACGCAGCCACUUUUCAGAGCCCAAGAUCCACAAAGUCCACGUGGUUUUUAUGAAUCACUACGACGUGGGAUACACAGAUUUCCUGAAUGGAGUUGACAAUACGUACAUGCACAAAUACUUUCCAUCGGCAAGAGCAACUGCGGAAAAAAUGAAAGCCUCAGGACUUGGAAAUUUCACCUACACCACCCAUCCGUGGCUGAUGCAACGCUUCCUCGAAUGUCCUUGCGCCGAAGAUCCCAGUGGCUCCUGCUUGGCCAGGAAUCUCAACAACACGUUUGAGCCACCCUUGAAAUGUCCAUCAGAAGAGGAGGUGAAGAACUUCUCAUCAGCUGCAAAGUUAGGAGAAAUUGCGUGGAAUGCCGCGCCUUUCAACAUCCAACCUGAAAAUCUCUCGCCUGAGCUACUGCACGCGGCUUUUGACCUCACUCGUCGUAUGGAUCGGCGCUUUGGGCGGCCUUCGACUCGCACCAUGAGUAUCCGCGACGCCAUCUACGUCACCAGAGCCGUGCUGCCACACCUCGCCAAGUACAACAUCACUGGCCUCACCAUUGGAUCCAAUGGAGCAGACUUCCCUCCACAGGCACCCAAGCUACAUCGAUGGAUUGACAACACCACCAAGACGGACAUCAUAGUGGCUUACCAUCCCUAUGGCUAUGGAGGUUAUGGCUUGAAGGAUUGCGCUGAAGCACCAAACGGUGUUGCAUUGUGCACGGAGUUUCGAACUGACAACACAGGGCCACCUGCCAAUGUCUCAGAGGUCAUGGGCAUCCUGAACAGCGUGGAGAAAGAAUACCCAGGCGCCGAAGUUAUUGCCUCAACCUUUGAUGCAUUUUUUGAGGACGUGCAGGUAAUUCGCGACCAGUUGCCCACGGUUUCUCUUGAAGUGGGUGACACGUGGGUUUAUGGAAAUCCAUCGGAUCCCUUGAAGAUGGCGCAGUAUCGGGCCAUCCAGCGAGCCUGGAUCAAGUGCCUUCAAUCCGGCGAGCCAAGAUGUCAGCCAUCUGACCCAGCCAUUCAGAAUAUGACCUUCUUCUUGUUGAAGGCCCCAGAGCAUACCUGGGGAACUCCCGGGAUCUCUGGUUGGGGUGGUGGUGAUGACUACAACACCAGCAAGUUCCAUGGAGAUCUGUCGAACGUGACUUUCAUGAAGGCUGCAGAGUCAUGGGCAGAGCAACGGAUCUUCAACGAGUUGGCGGCUCGUGCCCUGGAGACCGCGCCGCACCCAUUGGCCAAAGUGGUGAGAGAGGAGCUGAGCAUCGUCGAAAAUGUGAAGGAACCGGACACCUCCGAUCUGAAGGAACUUCCGCUACAAAAUAUUGUGACAUUUUCCAGCGGCGCGCAGAUCCAACUGGGUUCUGAUGGGAGUCUUGUGAUGCUUCGCUUUCCGGGUGGAGAAGAUUUGGCUUCACCGUCCGCGCCAUUUGGCGGCUUUAGCUAUCAAACCUUCAACGACACCGAGUGGAAGCCCUUCACGUAUGCAUACCUCAACGACCAUCAGAUGCAAACCGGAUUUUGCAAGAAUGGCUCAAACAAUUUCACCGAAAGUGCUACUUGGAGGCCAACAUUGGCUCGACUUUUUGAGCAGAACAGCAGUGGCGAGUUUAUCCUGGCAGAGAUGCAGAUGCCACAGAAGCCGAGCUCAUCUUAUGGAGCUCCGUCCAAGAUCUAUCUGAAGAUCACAGCGGCGGCAUCAAGUUUGGAUCUGACCUUCACUACGAUCGGCAAGCAGCCGACAAUGCUCGGAGAGUCAAGUUCCAUUUCUUUUGUGCCUCGAAGUACACAUGUGUCAAAACAAGGUCAUGGCAGUGGAAGUGCAUGGAGGUUGAUGAAGUUGGGUCAGGAGAUUGACCCUGAAGGAGUUUUAGAUGGUGGGAAUCAGUUUACUCAUGGUGUGUGGGGUGGCAUCUCUGUGAAAACCGCGCGCGGAGUCUUGACAUUGGAUUCACUGGAUGCCAUCAACAUGAACCCCAUCACUGCAGAGUUUCCUGUGGGAAACCCACUACCUGCAAGCUACCAGGAAUCGGUGGCCAAAGCUGGCAAAGGCUUAAGCAGACUGGUGGCCGGGAGUAUCAAAGGUAUGGCAGUGAACCUUCACAACAACUUGUGGAAUACCAACUACCCGCUGUACUAUCCCUACUAUGACGGCCGUUUUUGUGAGACUCCCUUGAAGUGCAGGAACAGUAACUCUUUGUUCCGAAUUCAUUUGGAGUACAAGACAAAUGAAAUUGUCAUUUAAACGAUUUUGAACCAGCAAAAGUUUGGGCUUCCGCUUGCGACGCUUUUGAAGGCGACGUUGCGGGUGGCAUGGUGAUACCUUGUGCGGAGUAUGAACAAAAUGGGGCUUGCCUCGACGCGAAGCUUUGAACCAAAGCAUAGCAAAGCGAGGCAUCGACAAGAAGAGCAAGAUUUGAA